UUCAAGUCAGAGAUUUCCAAGUAGGGGUGUGUUGGAGGGACUUCCGAGGGCGGCUUGUCCUGGAAGAAUGGGGGAAAGGUGGCAGCAGCAGCCGCUGCCUCCAAGGACAUCUGUGUCGCUCCCUGGRAGACCCUCUGCCCUCUCCCCCUCCCACCAGCCCCGGCGAGCAGGGACCGAGCUUGCUUAUUAUCACCUGACGCUGUGCAGCCACUGAUCCCAUUGGUGGAGCCAGAUUCGGUCUGGCUCUUUCGUUCUUUCUCGCCUUCCCUGCCUCUCUCUCCUCCACGCUGCUUUGAUUUCGCUCCUGCCUCUCUUUCUGUGCUCGCUCGCUCCCUCGUCUGGGAACAGCGUCUCACCAGGGGCAGCAGGGCUUCGCUGCAGAGCCAGACAGGAGCUGCCUGCGGGGCAUGGAAGCAACCUCCUCGGCAGCCGGGAGAGGAGCGCGCGCGCUUGGCUGCCCGUGACCCAGGAGUCCGGCCGCCGGUCCCCUGCCUGGGGAGCUCGUCCACAGAGAUCUCUCCCUUCCCUCUCUGCCAGGUCUUGCUCCGCAGAGCCCCGUGAGGCCAGUCCCCACAGGACCCAAACCAGAGGGCAGCAUGGAGCUGCUGUCCACUCCCCACAGCAUUGAGAUCAACAACAUCACCUGCGACUCCUUCCGCAUCUCCUGGGCCAUGGAGGACAGUGACCUGGAGAGGGUCACCCAUUACUUCAUUGACCUCAACAAGAAGGAGAAUAAGAACUCCAACAAGUUCAAGCACAGGGACGUCCCCACCAAGCUCGUGGCCAAGGCGGUGCCACUGCCCAUGACAGUGAGAGGCCACUGGUUUCUGAGCCCCCGCACAGAAUACAGCGUGGCSGUGCAGACGGCGGUGAAGCAGAGCGAUGGGGAGUACCUGGUGUCCGGCUGGAGCGAGACGGUGGAGUUCUGUACAGGGGAUUAUGCCAAGGAGCACCUGGCCCAGCUGCAGGAGAAGGCUGAGCAGAUCGCUGGCCGUAUGCUCCGCUUUUCUGUCUUCUACCGCAAUCAUCACAAGGAGUACUUCCAGCAUGCCAGGACCCACUGCGGUAACAUGCUGCAGCCCUACCUGAAGGACAACAGCGGCAGCCACGGCUCGCCCACCAGCGGCAUGCUGCACGGGGUCUUCUUCAGCUGCAACACCGAGUUCAACACCGGCCAGCCCCCCCAGGACUCCCCCUAUGGCCGCUGGCGCUUCCAGAUCCCCGCCCAGCGCCUCUUCAACCCCAGCACCAACCUCUACUUUGCGGACUUCUACUGUAUGUACACAGCCUACCACUACGCCAUACUGGUGCUGGCACCCAAGGGCUCCCUGGGGGACCGCUUCUGCCGCGACCGCCUGCCCCUCUUGGACAUUGCCUGCAACAAGUUCCUGACCUGCAGCGUGGAGGAYGGGGAGCUGGUCUUCCGUCACGCCCAGGACCUCAUCCUGGAGAUCAUCUACACCGAGCCUGUUGACCUGUCCCUGGGUACCCUGGGGGAGAUCAGCGGGCACCAGCUCAUGAGUCUGUCCACUGCCGACGCCAAGAAAGACCCCAGCUGUAAGACCUGCAACAUCAGUGUGGGCCGCUAGGGACUCCCGGGGGGCUGAGGGGCUGGGGAGAGAUGACGGGAGGGUGGAGGUGGGUGGCACAGGCUCAGGGAGCUGGCUUUCUCUCCCUGCCCCCCUGCUCCCUCGGCUCCAUCCACUAGCCCCUCCCCCACCCCUUGGCAUUGGAGGCAACGAUGGUGGUCCUCUGGGUAAGCGUGGCCCACC